AUGUCACUUAGGGUUUUAACAAAUUUUGCUGGCAAAAACAAACUAUUCACACACAAUUUUAGGACAUUCGUCAAUUCAACCGCACCCACGACACGAUUCUAUUCCUCCAACCGAGCCAUGCGAUUCAUACGUUUCCAAAAAGCCGCUGACGACCGUGUACGCGUCGGUACGUUGUCGGAAGAUGGAAAAAGUUUCCAAGCGCUGGACCAAUCGCUGCCAAACGAUAUGAUCGAAUUGAUCAAAUCGAAUCCCAGCGUCGAAAGUCUGAAAUCGAACAAUUGGCAACCGUUAACCGAUGAUAUCAAACUGUUGGCACCGAUACAAAAUCCUGAGAAAAUCAUUUGCAUCGGAUUAAAUUACCUGGGCCAUUGUCAAGAGCAAAACAAAGAAGCACCAAAGGAGCCAAUGUUUUUCAGCAAAUAUGCCAGCACCAUUACCGGUCCAACGGGUGAUGUGAUCUUACACGCAAUCACAAAUCAAUUGGACUGGGAAGUUGAAUUGGCUGUGAUUAUCGGAAAGGAGGCACGCAAAGUGAGCAAAGCAAAUGCAUUUGAUUAUGUAUUUGGGUAUAGUGUGGCUCAGGAUAUAUCGGCACGUGAUUGGCAAAAGCAACGCAAUGGCGGACAAUUUUUAAUCGGUAAAUCAAUGGACACAUUCUGCCCAUUGGGACCGGCUAUCGUGCAUAAGAGCCUUGUGGCCGAUCCGCACAAUUUGAAAAUUACAUGCGAUAUUAAUGGCGUACAAAAACAGUCGGGCAGCACAAAUGAGCUCAUUUUCCGUAUUGACGAUAUCAUCCAUUUGUUGUCACAAUCGAUCACCCUGAAGCCAGGCGAUGUCAUUCUAACGGGCACACCAUCCGGUGUUGGAAUGCACCGAAAACCGGCCGAAUUUCUGGCACCCGGUGAUUUGAUUGAAAGUGAAAUUGAAUCGAUCGGAAAGAUUCGUAAUAAAGUCAUUGCAGACACUUUGUAAAUUGACGCAAUUUGGAUUCGGAUUUAAUGGAUUUUAUUAACAUUUGUUUUGUUUGGAUGUUUUAGUCAUUGUUAUUGAAAUCAAAAAAAAAAUGCGGUUUUUUUCAUUUAAACAAAUAAACUAUAUUUUCUUACACAAAAAGAGAAAAACCAUG